UAUAUGAAGGAGAAGAAGUGCAGUAUUGUAAUUAAGAAGUAGAAGUGAUGGCGAUAGUAGGGGAAGGGCACCAAGGAAAGAGGAAGUAGGAAAGAAAGUGAGUCUCUGCCACAAAAUAUUCUAUGCCCUCACCUUUUCCCAUUUAUUCCAUAGAUAUAUGCCAAGUCCAAAACCACUUGACACACCUUUGCCAACUUCCCCUCUCUUCAAAAACCAAACAAACACAGAGACCAAACUCAAACAAACAUGGGAAGCAACAAAAGCCACGAGGAACAACAAAGCAGCCAAACAGAGUUCUUACCCUUCAACGAGAACGACCCUCAGGACAUGGUCAUAUACCAAGUCCUCAACGAGGCCAAUGCUCUCUCCAACACAUUCCACCCUCACCAAAGACUCCACCAACCGCAAUUGGGCCUCGAGCCCACCAGAAACAUCGCCAAAAAACACUACAGAGGAGUUCGCCGCCGACCCUGGGGGAAGUACGCCGCCGAGAUUCGGGACUCCGCACGCCACGGCGCCAGAAUAUGGCUCGGCACGUUCCAGACCGCCGAAGAGGCCGCCAUGGCUUACGACCGCGCCGCCUUCAAGAUGAGAGGCGCCAAGGCUUUGCUCAAUUUCCCAGCCGAAAUUGUGGCUGCGGCCUCCGACUCAUCUUUGAACAACAUUAAUAACAACGAUGCUGUUUCUGAUUCUAGUGCUGGAAGCUCUUGCACAACGAAUAAUUCCACCCAGGUAAAUGGGUCUCGGUCAGAAAGCACGAGUAGCACUAGUUAGGGGUUGCACAAAUGUAGAAAUUUAAUUAUUUUUUUUCUUUCUGGAAUGGGUUUGGUUUAAUUAUUACGAUUAUAAAUUAUUUGUAUCUGUCUGUCAUUACUUGAAGACAAUAAUUAAUUAAUUAAUUAAAUAGAUACCAUGAUCAUGAAUGGGUUCAGUUCAAA